GAUUAUAUUUUUAAGCCAUUAAUGUGUACCGAAAAAAAUUAUAUGAAUCAGAAAUUUUUGACAGUUAGUUAUUGAGACAUAAACAAACCGCUCAUAACUUGUUGAUCAUCAGGUACAAAGUUUCAUCAUCAUGGCUGGCUUUGUAGAAUUCUUCGGGAAAAAUAAAACUUUUCGUCCAAAAAAGAAGUUUCAGCAAGGAACUUUGCGUUAUUCCCUUCAUAAAAGAGCCCAAGCUACUUUAGUUUCAGCAGAAAACCUUCAAGAAGCUGUUAAACUACCUCCUGGAGAAAAUUUAAAUGAUUGGCUUGCUGUUCAUGUGGUUGACUUUUUCAACAGAAUUAAUUUAAUAUAUGGCACUGUGAUUGAAUCAUGCACAGAAGAAAGCUGUCCAACUAUGUCCGGGGGACCAAGAUUUGAGUAUUUAUGGGCAGAUGGUGAACAAUACAAAAAGCCUACACGUCUACCAGCACAUAAUUAUAUAUCUUUGCUUAUGGAUUGGAUCGAGAAGCAGAUUAAUAAUGAUGGAAUUUUUCCUGUGACAGUCGACAUUCCUUUCCCUCGCAAUUUCAUUCCAACUUGUAAAAAGAUACUUACUCGCUUAUUUAGAGUAUUUGUGCAUGUUUACAUUCAUCAUUUUGAUAGAAUAGUAGCUAUCAGAGCUGAAGCACAUGUUAAUACCUGCUACAAACAAUUUUACUACUUUGUUAAAGAGUUUUGUCUUGUCAGUGAAAGAGAACUUGAACCAUUGGUUGAAAUGACGAGAAGAAUCUGUGAGGAUAGCACAACCAGACUAUAUCAAGAGGGUAGAAGGUCAUAUAGAUGAAGACUGACAUGUUAUUUAUAUUUAUUUGCUCACUCAUAUUUCAUUUAUUAAGUUGUUAUAAUUUCAUUAAGAUACUUCAUAGUUUUUAGAUGUGAGUAGGAUUGAGCUCAAAUACCACAUUAAUUCACAUUAUGCAUGUUGUUAUUUUAUUGUUUCAUUUGAAAGUAGUAGUCAGAUUCCUUAAUGUUUUUUUUUUUUUUUUUUUUU